AUGCACUUCGUUCGCUUCUUUUCGUAUAUUGCUUCUUGUCUUUCUGUUGCGCGUGCGUUCAGUGUAACUGUUGGGACACCCACUCAAUGCGAUCCUCUCAACAUUUCAUGGACUGGUGGGCAAGCACCAUUUGAGAUACUCUUGACUCCCUCUUGGGCAACGUAUCAGAAUUAUUCUGUACCGUCAUCAGCCUUCAGCAAUGGCCAGGGCUCUUAUUCAAUACCGCAAUUGUCGUUAUCGACGGGAACAUCGUUUCUACUCACUAUGUCUGACGCCACCGGAUUUGGUUCGGGUGGGACCACAAACGUGUCAUUUGUUGGCAAUCCGGUUGCAAAUAACAACUGCAACACUACAGUUUUGUCAACUCCUUACAUGUGGGAGUUGUCGCCACUCCCGCUGCUGCAAUGCAGUCAAUUUACUGUUGCGACUGGUAGUGGUGCAGUCCUGCCUGUCACUAUUGUGCAACUUAUUCCUGGCGGACAACCAGUCGUAUUCAACUCGAAUAGUUACACUUUUACCUCGGUUGUAGACGUUAACGCAGGAACGAACCUCCUGUAUUUUGUCAGCGACUCCCAGGGCAGACAAGGUGGUGUUUCUGGGUUCGAGCAAGUCUCAGGGUCGAGUAAUUCCUCGUGCCUAAGCGCCAACUCGCCGUCAACCACUGCAGGCAUGUCGGCCACGUCCACGGCUUCACCGACAUCUAGCUCAAGUCCAACAAGUAGUUCGUCAAGCAACAAUGUUGCUCUUAUCGCAGGCGCUGCGGGAGGCGGCGGCAGCGGGGGUCCUUAUUGUAUUGGUCGUCCUCGGCGUAUGCUUGUGGCCUAUCCAUAUGGUAACUUCGCAGUUGGCGCCCCUCCCUCAUCAUUCAACCAGACACAACAUUCGCCCAAGAGCUCCAACACAAACUCUCCUGUCUACGGGGAUGCUCCAAGUUCGACUAUGUCAUCCGCUUACAACCGAAUGUCUGAACCAAUGUCACAACAUUACCCAUUGCAAUACCCUGUUGGCUACCCUCCACCUAUUCAACCUGGCAGCCAAUCAUCCCCUCUUAAUACGUCUACCGGAAACUUCACAGUCAGCGAUCGUCCCAAUCAGACACUGCAUUCACGCCAGCGCUCAAACGCAGACUUUGCUGUUUAUGGAGACGCUCGAAUAUUAGAUAUGACACCCGUCGAACAUAUGGUUGCGGUGGCUCGACCAGCACCGCCAUUACCACAGAAGACAAAUCCUGCCUAUCUUACUCCACCCGUCCAGCCCGGAUCCCAAUCAAUCUCUACCUCCGCCGGCAACGUUGCCGUUAGCAACCCUCCCACACCCAUCAAUCAGACACAAAUGUUCCGUCAGAGCCCUGACGCAGACAGCUUAGUUGUGUACGGAGCAUCUGGAAGUCAAUCUAUGGUGUCAGCCAGCGCGCAAACAGCCUACCAACCUCCUAUUCGAAUCAUAGUGCAUACCGACGCUAAUGAUGUUAUGCCAGGCGACAAUGGUUUAAUUGAACUUCCGCCGCAAUAUUCAGACCAUUGGGGAGUCCGUGCCUCGUACUCUGAGUCUGCGUCAUGA